GCGUCGGAUUCAACAAUAGCGAGUUGAAAAAUAAAUGGUUGGGUCCUUUGCCAAGACACUGGUAUAUGCGCCAGCAAGGGAAAAACAACACGCGUUUCCCAGAUGCCAUUCUCUGAGGAUUCCAUUGUAUUCUCUGGGUGGUUUAAAAAAAAAAAAAGCGCCUGGCUCUUAAUCCCCAAUAUGAAAAUCAUUUGUGAGGGAGUUUAGGGUCUUCCUGUGUAACUUUAAGGUCUCAUGCAAAUCAGGGCUUGUAGCUCGGGCUGGUUCAUCAGACUGCAACAUCCAAGCACCACCCCCCUUGCUCACAAAGUCUAGGACUCCCGGCAAUUUCAGAUUGGAGGUGGGGAGUGGGCCUGGAACUCCUCCCCCUGCCAGCUCCGGGCUUGGAAGAGGGUGGGGCGCGCCAGAAAGCCUUACAACGGAGCUGCCACGGGGGAGGCUUCCCUUUAUUUUAGAGUUUGUCACUUGAGUCCUGUUUCAAUGAGACAGCAGAACAGAGGCUGUGACAAGGGCGUGGGCUGGCCCGCACACAGGGCCAUGAGCCACAGAGGGGACAAAGCCCCAGCUCAUCAUUUCCAACCUCGGCUUCCACCGCGCCGUCGGUUCCCCGGGCGGUAAUAAGGAGAGGAGGGCGGGGAGGAACAUGGGAAAUGAAAGGAGAGAGCUCUGAAAAACUAGAGCUGAAACCGGAGGAGAAAGAAUUAGCAGAGUUCUCAGUGCGAGAGCGCACGGACGAGCUUGCAGAGGGAGGAGGCACCGGCUGAGCAACCUGCUACUAGGAUUCAGACAAAGGAAGGUUGAGGGAGGCAGAUCGGAUUCUAACACGGGCAUGAGGAGGGAGGCAGAGCCCGCCGCUGGAUUCACCGUGUGAAAUCGGCUACAUUCCUCGGGAUAGGAAGGACCGGAGUAUGUGCCGAAAUAAGCACCUGGAGGAAAAAGUAAGUGUGGCAGAGGGCUUGGAGAUCUGGCAUCGGACGUCCGCCCCUGUCUCGAGGCAUGCCUCCCUCCACGCGUUAUCUCUUCGUGGUCUCCGUCUCCACGGUGGUCAUUUUCAUCGUGUUCUAUGCGUUCAGCUUCGGGGACGAGCAGAGCUCCCCGAGGCUCAACGCCUCCGAGGCUUUGUUGCUGGCUCAAGUUUGCACGUCCUUCAUCCACGGGAAGACACCUUUCCUGUGGAGGAACAAACUCGCCAUCCACGAAAAGGCUUCCUGCAAGGAUUACCUGACGCAAAGCCACUACAUCACGGCGCCUUUAUCGCAGGAAGAAGCCGAGUUUCCUUUGGCGUACACCAUGGUCAUCCAUCACAACUUCAACACCUUUACCAGGCUCUUCCGAGCCAUCUACAUGCCCCAGAACGUCUACUGCGUGCACGUGGACGAGAAGGCGUCCGCCGCCUUUAAGGGGGCCGUGGAGCAGCUGCUGCGCUGCUUUCCCAACGCCUUUCUGGCCUCCAAGACGGAGCCGGUGGUCUACGGGGGAAUUUCUAGGCUGCAAGCCGACCUGAACUGCAUCAAGGACCUCGUGGCCUCCACGGUGCCCUGGAAAUACCUCAUCAACACGUGCGGGCAAGAUUUCCCCCUCAAGACCAACCGGGAAAUCAUUCAGUACCUGAAGGGCUUUAAAGGGAAGAAUAUCACCCCGGGGGUGCUGCCCCCAGCUCAUGCCGUCGGCCGGACUAAAUUCGUCCACCGGGAGCACCUGGGCAAGGAGGUCUCCUACGUGGUGAGAACCUCCGCUUUGAAGCCCCCUCCCCCGCACAAUCUCACCAUCUACUUCGGCUCUGCUUACGUGGCUCUCUCCCGAGAGUUUGCACACUUUGUCCUGCAUGACCCGCGGGCUGUGGACCUGCUCGCCUGGUCCAAAGACACCUUCAGUCCCGAUGAGCAUUUCUGGGUGACGCUCAAUAGGAUUCCAGGUAGGUGUGAUGACGUGUUCCCUGCAGAAGUUGUAUUCACUGGGGUCUGUACUCACCGGGUCAACCCAGUGCAGAUGGAAAUGGAUCUAAAACAAUCGCAUUGGUGCUGAACAGCAUCCAGACUUGAGCUCUCAUCAGUCCUCUGGAAACAACCCAGCAUAACUAUUUAUAUAGACCUUAGGCGGUAUUAAAUAGUGUAGGGGAAUCUAGCGAUGAGUUAGAGGGUGUUGGUUACCUGUAAAUAUACUUGAUGUUACCUAGGGCACUUGAGCAUCUGCAUACAGAUGGAGGUUGAACUACACAAUGUAAACUCUUGGCUUUUGUAAAUACAGAAUGAUGCUCUUCAUAUGGUAAUGUGAAUAUUCUAGCACUGCCAAAUAACACCUUUCCAUGACACGGCUUUACAGUUUAUCAGGCUUUAACAUAUAGGAUGUAUUUUUCCCCUUAAGCUUGUUUGUUUCAUUGAAAGGGCAGCAGAGUGAGAGAAAAGAGUGGACAGAUACCUUCCAUGCAUUGAUUGACUUCUCAAAUGGUCACAUUGACCAGGGCUGGGUGGGGCCCAAGCCUGAAGCCAGUUGGGUGGCAC